UCACCCCGUGAGAAAAUGGCGGCGGCGGCGGCAGCAGCAACAGCAUCGGCGGCGGCGCUCGGCGUCCGGGCCGCGGGGUCUCCGCCGCCGCCGCCUCCGCUCCUGCGACGGGGCCGGAGGAGGCGGCGCCAGGGCGGGCCUGAGGAGAAAGAGGCGGCGGAGGGCGGAGGGCCCCGGUGCGCCUGCGGGCCGCGGCGCUGCCCGCCUCAGGGCCCCGGCCGCCCGUUUUGCCGCAGCCGCCUCGGCAGCUUCUCCUCGCAGCCGGUUCGGACCCCCUCGGAAGGGGAGACGCCGCCGCCUCCUCCUCCGCCACCGCCCGCCCAGGCAGAGCGAGAUUUUAUAUUCAGAGCACCCAUCACAUUAAGCAAGCCUGGAGAACUGCAUGAGGAAUACAAAAGCCAGCUACGAAAGUUGAGGGAUGAAAAACUGCAAGAAGAGAGAACCUCUGAUGAUUUUAUUCACAAGCUGAUUGUUGAGGACACUACUGAUGCAGGGAAAAGAAAAACAGAAGAUCAGAAGAAAGAGGAGUCCUUAAUGGUCAAAAUGACCCAAGAACGUUUUCCUGAACGCCUCUCUGAUUCCGAGAAUGAGGAACCAUUCCAGGGCAAAUCUGCACAUCGGUCAGCUUUUGUCUCCAAGGGAAGCACCUACUCAAUAGCAUUGGUGGCAGGAAACUUGAGCUCCAAGGUAGAAAGGAGCCAGAGUUGCAACGAUACCCUUCGAGAAAGAUCCAAAAGCAGGCAAAGAUCAGCUCCAGUCAGAACAAAGAUAAACCAGUUAUCUGGUGCGCCUGCUCCCCUCGUUGGCGUUCUAUCGUCCACCCAGAACAAUCGCUGCCUCUCCGCCCCAGACCUAACAGCUGAUAAGCGCCUUGUCUUCCAUGCAGCUGCUUCAUUCUCCGUCCUCCAGAAGCCAGAGCGCUCUAUCAGCCCCGAGAGCAAUGACAGCAUUUCAGAAGAACUCAAUCACUUCAAGCCAAUUGUCUGUUCACCCUGCACACCUCCAAAGCAGCUUCCUGACGGUGGAGUUCUCAGUCCUCUAAUUAUCAAGUCUACUCCGAGGAACCUAACGAGGAGUUUGCAGAAGCCAACCACUUACGAAGCCAGUCCCAGGAUCUUGAAGAAAUGGGAGCAGAUAUUCCAGGAGCGGCAGGUGAAAAAGACUCUUUCUAAAGCCACCCUAACAUCUCUGGCCCCAGAGGUGGGGGAAGAUUUUCUGGUUCCUAGCAUGAACUCGCUCGUCAAAGAGCCCCUGCAGAUAUCAAACGACGUGCUGCCACCUGAAACCAUUACGCACGUGCAGGCAGAGACAGACUGUUCUCCUUCCGUCUGUGCUGCAAAGUUUGAAAGCUCUGGCAAUAUCAGGAGAGACUUGGAGGCGGUGGAAGAUUACCCCAAAGCACCUGUAGCGAGACCCAACGAAAGCACCCUAAAUACCAGGAUUUCUGAGGUCCCCAGCACAAAAUCAGCCUUGCGGCAGACGGAAACGUGUCUAAACGUUGAUGCCAAAAUGGUGACCCGGAAAGUGAUCAGAGUCAGCUCGGAGUUUCCAGAGAACGGGGCCCUCGUCCCAUCAGUCAAGGCAGCUGGCAGGAAGCAGCUUAAGUACCUGAACGAAAGUGAGCUGAGCAACUUCCCAAACGGCGUCUGUAUCGAGAAGGCCCUCGGCGACGAGGCCUCGCCUUUGAGGAGGGGCCGAAAGAGACAGUGCAAAAUGAAGCACUUGGAACAGGGCGGCUCGGUCAAGAGACUGAGGCAGGUGGCCUGUCACCACGGGGUGAUGGCUGCUCCCGAACCUCCGAGGAAGAGGAGGAGGAGUGAGAUGGAGCAGAGGCUGAAGCAGGAGGAGGAAGACCGCCGGCUGGCCUUGCAGCUGCAGCGGAAGUUUGACAGCGAGAACAGGACAGUGGCAAGGCGGAAAGGGAGAGCGGAUCAGUAUUUCUUGCGGUCAAAGAGCACCACGGGUGCAAAGUAGCACUUAUUGAACAAUGUUGCCUUUUCUAGUUAAUGUGAGGUUGGUCAAAAUGAUCUGGGAAGGAGGAAGACCUGUUUUGUUAUCCUACCUCCCCCUCCCCCAUUUGCGUUUCCUUUUUUUUAUGGUAAGGUGAGUUAAAUCCAGUUCACGCUACAGUCAAGGUCUUUGCACAGAUGUUGGCUACACUUUAUUCUUUUUACUGAAGUUGCUUCUGAGGCUCUCAAAACCCACUCACAGGAAUGCAUAUAAAUUUCACUGUGAUCAGAAGGGCAUAGACCCGUGUCUACAGCCGAGUCCCACUGGUAUGCAAACUGCUUCUAGGUUGCAAGUAGAUGACACUAUUGGAUUGACAUUUUUUGUCACUGAAGCCAGUUGCUGUAAGUAAUCUUGUAACCUCAGGAGCAGCCUUGAGAGGGAGAGAGGCCAGCCACUUGAACUGUGGGAUACACAGAAAUUUAUUUAAAUAUACAGUGUAUUGAGCAUUCACAUAUAUGGAGGGCUGUUUAUACAGAACCCAAACUAAUAACCUUUUGCCAGAUCUGUGGCUGCUGUUUGUGCUGUCCAUCUCUUAACACCCGGCACAAUCCGUUUGCAUUGCCAUAGAUUAUUUUUUUAUCCCAAGGCCAUGUUAAUAGGAGUCAGAUUUGCAGUGUACAAAUAAAUACAAGGCUGCCCACUCCAGCGAGACAGAACUGAAGGCAGAGAAUUUGCACCUAGUCUCUCUCUCACCACCUUGGUGAUUUGCUUUCCCAAGUCUUUCUCCUGCUCCUCAUGCCCAGCUUUGGGGAUAAAAACUGUGACAUCAGUGGAAUGACUUCUGUGACUGGAAAUGUGUGCGGACGUGUUGUGUGAAUGAGAUGGCCGUGGAGAGUGGAUUCUGUUGGAACUCUUCCAGUGUCUGGUUUUUGAGAUUGCUGAGUUGAAAGGCCCAAUGCAGAUUACUAAACUGUCCCAUUUAAAGUGGGUUUUGAAUUGGAGAUAGGUGGUAUUGGUAGAAUUUUCUGGACAUCCACCCUAACCAGUGCUCACUUGGUCAACAAGUUAAAGUUUCCACAUGUGGAAGUGUGUCAUAUUUACAAUCUCUUCAGCAGUGCUUGUUUUCUAGUGUGCUGCAGAGGGUUUUGUUUUGUUUUGUUUUGGCUGUAUCAGAAAGGCUUUUCACAAGCCUGCUUUGUCGUAAGAAUUUGAAGAGGAUAAGUUGACUCAUGACGACUUCAGAAGUGGCCACUGCAAUCAGCCGGGUUUGCCCCACACUAGGAGUAGGUGUUUUGAAGCCCCUUUGAACUACGUAGCAUGAUAGAUUGACAUUGAGGCCUCUGGGUUUGCUGCUCAAGAAAAGUUGAAAGCCACAAAAGGUGAAAUACAGAGUAAAUAUUCUAUAAGUACGCUAUCCUGGUAUGGUUAGAGCCAAAGAAGCUCUCAAUGGGUGGAAACUUGUAAUUUCUAAAAGCAGGUUGCGGUUUAAAAAUGCACUUAGCACUUCAGCAGUCACUUCUAGACCCAAGUUUCUGUGUUGUGCCGCUGUAUCCUUUUGCAGGUGGGAAACUAAAACUUGGCAUUCUUUUCCCAAGGUUUCCUUGAUCACUGGCAAGAGAGCUACCCCCACCUGUCUUCCAGCCUGACUUGUUCAUUCCAACUCUGCCUUGUGGAGUUUCCUUGGUUCUCCUGCAACUUCCUCUCUACAGCUGUUUGCUUGAGAGGCAGAGCUCUUGCAUCAGCCUUGACGCUUGCUUGGACCAAGCAAAUCCGGCACUUAGAGAGAAUUCUCUAAAAACUAGGUGGAGGAAAGUGUUGCUCUCACUUUUUGUUCAGGUGGACUUUGAACUAAUUCCAGAUUGGUUUGUUUUCCUGGCGAACAGAACUAGAAUAUGUUUUGGUUUCACUUUUGCCUCAUUUCCUUAGGUGAGGGGUCCGCAAACUUACCCAGCUUCGGGCCGGAGAGUGCGCGCCCAUACGUGCGCACACACGCUAUUUCCGGUGCACUUCUGGGUGGGAGGAGCGCCGAGAAUAGCUUGUGUGCAUGUGUGCAGGCCUCCUCUGACCCGGAAGUGCACCGAAAAUGAUGCUAGCGUAUGCGCGCACGCCAUUUCCGGCGCACAUCCGACCCGGAAGUGCACCAGAAAUGACACUAGCGCAUGCGUGCAAGCUAUUUCUGGCACACAUACGACCCGGAAGUGAGCAUCACGGUCCGGAUAAAAGAGGCCUUCGGGCCAUAUCCGGCCUGCACGCCUUAGUCUGGGGACCUCUGCCUUAGGUCCUUACCAUUCUAUCAUACUCGGUUAGAAGGAAGCCUCACUGAUUUCAGUGGGCCUCGCUUUUUGGUAAGCUUGAGUAGAAUUGCAACCUUAAAUUUUGCUGAUGUCUUAAAGAGACAUAAAAUACUUCUGUCAAAUGCAGUGUUUCCUUGCUGAAAACCUGGGAGCAGUCAGUAGUAUUCUCAGCACGCCAAAGGCUGCCAUUACAGUAAGAAAACCAUUAUGGAGACCAGACCUUUUCAGGCUCUUUGGAAAGAUGUGGCCCCUUGGUAAGAAAAGGGGAUUGAAAAGGCACUUCAGAGGAGGAGAAUUGGGCCUUAAAAACUUGGAAAGUAUGAGUUCACUUAAGAUGCUUAUUUCAGCAUAAUCUUUGGUGAAUGCAGAGCACUUUUCCCAAGUGAUCGCACGUCAAGUAACGUAAUUUGGGUGAGCUGAUGAUCACGUUUCUUAAUGGGAAUUUAGGAUCAUCACUGGAAGAAUUAUGUGGAUUUCCAGUUCUUUUGUGCACUACCACACGCAGGUAGUCAGGCUGUCUGUUCCGUGUUGCCCUGGUGCAUGUUGCAAGGGCCCAGUGACGUUCCCUCCACCCCACAGGCUUAAGGCUGGCAUGGAGCAACAGAGAAGAUCACUCUGCCAUGUCUCAUUACUGGUAAAAUGAUUGGGUGAGAGUGAAGGCCUCUUCCCCCAUGGAUGCUAGACUUUUAAUCAGUACACCCUCGGGGGUGUACAAGUGAUUUAAGUGAGUGCCAGAAACACGGGGCAUCCUACAGGUAUACCUGUUGGCAAACAGGGAUGGCAGAAGCAAUGGCGAAGUAAGAUGUGCGAUAUGGUCUAGGUCUUGACAGUCUGUGGAAAGGUCCACCGAGGCAGGGAAGCAAAGCUUUACCUAUGUGGUAUCUUCACACCAACCGUCUUCUUUCCAGGAUAUGCUGUGAAAAGGUCUAGUGCCGUCCAUGUGGUCUCAGACAAGAGACUGCCUAUGGCUGCACUUUUCUUUGUGGGGACAUCAAGAUUUCAUGAUAAGAGGCACCAAGGAGAACUCCACAAAUUAUAUAGGAGCAAACCCAGAUUUUUGACUGAGUAUGCACUUGGAAGGAGAAGCCAAUCUGAGCACCCUGAGGGAUGUAAUGUACCUGCAUGGCACACCUGCACAUAGCCAAAGUUUUGUAUCAGUUUGGCUCUUAACUUCCUUGCAGUGGACUAUUUAAGUAGCCCUAUGGCCUAAGGGGCGCCCAGUAGCUUUCUGGGACUUUCCUCCUUUUUGAAGAAAACACACCAGUUGCAAAAGAGCUCUAGCAACAGAGAUCUGCUAUAUGCUCUUGUAAUCCAGGGCAAUGUCUGGAAGUAGGCACGGCACAAGGAGCAAUAUUAUCCCCUGCAAUUUUGCUGCGUAAAGCUCCAAACCGAAGCACAUUCGGAAAGUGGAUCUAUUCAAUGAGCGAGCUCCCUCAAGCUUGGUGUUUCAAAUGCAGGCAUUCCAGAAGAGGGGUGUGUAUGGAACGCAAACACGACUUGUUUCGGGAUGUGGGACGUGAACAAGGUUCAGGAUUAGGAGGUCAAACGAGGCUCUUGGGGGUGGGUGUGUGCUUGUGCGUGCGUGCGUGAGCAUUAGAUGAAGUCAUGGCUGUGAACCUCCCCACCAUGCAUCAUUAGCUAGUGGGGGAUGUGAUGCACACUGCAGGAAUGUAAUCAGACAAGAGGUAGCUGUGUGGCCCUUACAUCCUUUAUACUGGCCCUUGGGUAGGGCAGUUGCAAACUACUACUAGAGUGCUUUUGCCCAAGGUUCUGGCCGACCUGAUGCCAAACAUGAAUCUCUUUGGACAUAUGAGCCUAUAGGCCACUGAAUGUAUUAACGGGGCCCUUUAGUCUAGAUAGAUGUGGGGGGCCUUAAUCUUGCAAUGUUGGUUGCCCACCUCAUAGCCUAAAAGCGUGCCCGAUGUUUUUGUGUGUUCCUUGCCUUUGAGAGAUCUGCCCUCAUUUGGUCAGAAACCGACCCAGGCUUGCCUACUUAUCAAGGAGAGCACUACCGUUGGGCCUGUUACGUACCCACGGAGGUCAAAGAGAGUCUUGCCAUAAAUGUCAGUGGGUGUGAACGUGCUGCUUACCGGCUCUUGCCUUUGUCAGACUUCUGGUUCCUGGUGAGGUUUAAAAAUGGGGUUCUGUUUAUAGCUCAGUUGGCUGGUCAAGUGGGCUGCACUGCUUUAUGGCACUUCCUCGUGGCCCCCAGGGGGUGGGUGGGUGGGAGAUCUUGACACAGUGAG